AUGAAACUCAACACCCUCUGUCUCCUCACCCUCGCCCUCAGCUCCUUAGAACCCACCUCAGCCUACCCAGGCCUAGCCCAAGCCCUCACCAACCUCCCCACGCUCCCAAAACGCCAAACAGUCACCCUCCUCGCCGACCUCCAAACCCUCCCGGACACCGCCCUCUCCCCAGCCGGCCUCACCAUCAAGAACAUCCUCCUCCACAACCGCGCCGCCACCUCUCCGCAAGACCUCACCACCGUCUACACCCCGCCCGGCCCGCUCGACAGCGCCGCCUGCCGCGCCUCCACCUGCUGCGUCUGGAAGCACGUGGCCGACACCAUGGCCGCCGCCUUCCUCAACCCGUCCACCAGCCACUGCAACUCCCUCGCGCGCCAGGCCGUGCGCCUCGGCUUCCACGACGCCGGCACCUGGUCCCAGUCCGGCGGCAGCGGCGGCGGCGGCGGCGCGGACGGCUCCAUCAUCCUCGCCCCCGCCGAACUAGAACGAACCGAGAACCGCGGCUUCGUCGACGGGAUCGCGCCGCAGAUGCGCGCGUGGUACGACAGCUGGCACGAUGCCUACGGCGUCGGCAUGGCCGACCUGGUGCAGAUGGGCGCGACGGUGGCGAGCGCGGCGUGUCCGCUGGGCCCGCGCGUGCGCGCCUUCGUGGGGCGGAAUGAUAGUGCCGUAGCCGCGCCCGAGGGCCGGCUGCCGCCGCCGGAGAGCCGCGAUGCGGAGGCGUUGGUGGCGCUGUUUGCGGAUAAGACGAUUGGGGUGCGGGAGCUGGUCGCGUUGGUGGGUGCGCAUACCGCGAGUCGGCAGCGGUUUGUGGAUGAGGUGCUGUCGGGCCUGCCGCAGGAUAGUACGCCCGGGGUGUGGGAUGCCGUGUUUUAUAAUGAGACGGCGAGUGAGGACCCGCCGCUGGGGGUGUUUCGGCUGCCGAGUGACCAGGCGCUGUCGCGGUACCCGGCGACGCAGGAGUCUUGGAAGGUGUUUGCGGAUUCGGUGGGUGGGCAGACUGUGUGGAAUGAUGACUAUGCCGCCGCCUAUGUCCGUCUGAGUGUGCUCGGGGUUGAACAUAUCAAUGAUCUAACAGAGUGUACGGGUGUGCUUCCGCUACAUUCCGCCUGA